AUGGUUCUAAUUACAGUCGGCCUUUACUUCCUUCUAAGCCUAUCUCAAAUCAGAAAAUCCACUGGAGAUUUAUGGAAGGUCUCCCUCCCUAACAGGACUUCUAUAGUGGACAUAAAGUCUCUUAGAUUGAUAACUGCCAUCAAAACCCCGUAUCUACCAGAUGGGAGAUUUGAUCUCGAGGCAUAUGAUGCCUUGGUGAACAUGCAGAUUGAAAAUGGAGCUGAAGGAGUGAUCGUCGGUGGCACUACUGGUGAAGGCUAG